UUAAAGUCUAUCAAUAUUAUUUAAAAUGUUCGUAGUAAAUAUAUUGUAUUCAGUACAGAUGUGAUCAUUAUACAAGCUUCGUUCGGUUCAUAAACUGUAUCACAUAUUACUAUGUCUUCACAAUUUGCACAGGGCAUUCUUAGAGUAGCUGUGGCACAAAUAUGCCAAAAUAUUGGAUGGCAUUCUGUACAAUCGUCCCCUAUCGACCUCCUGGUCGACAUUUUGCAACGUUACUUACUUGAAUUAUCUAAAACAGCGCACAAGUAUUGCAACCAAUAUGGCAGAACAGAACCAAAUCUUGAUGAUCUUGGAUUGGCUUUUAAAGAAUUGGGUAUUCUUAUACAAGAAAUGGAAGAAUAUGCUAAUAAUGUAGAACCUGUAGCCUUUGCUCAUAAAGUAUCUGCAUUUCCUGUUGCUCAUCCAUCUAAUCUUCAAAGUUUGAAAGUUGAAAAUAUGGAAUCAUUUCAUGGAUCAGAAUGGGUUCAUGAGAAUCUUCCAGAGUCUCAUCAUGAUUUGGAAGGUAUUAAAUUUUUUAAUAUUUUAUAUUAAGCUAG